GGCACGCUUUGGUCAUCUGAUCUGGAGAUUGAGCCGGCUGAAGCCGAAGUCGCCGCGGGGGACGCCAGGGGCCAGCUGGUGUCGGAGCGGCUCGGCCUCGGCAACAACCUGGACCUCUCGGACACCACGGUCCAACAGAAACUGGAUGAGAUCAAGGAGCAGAUUCGGCGCGAGAUCCGAAAGGAACUUAAGAUCAAGGAAGGUGCGGAGAAUUUGCGCAAGGUCACCACGGACAAAAAGAGCCUGGCUUAUGUGGACAACAUGCUUAAAAAAUCCAACAAAAAGGUUGAGGAGCUUCACCAGGAGCUACAGGAGCUCAACGCUCACAUUGUGGUUAAAGACCCUGAAGAACUACAAGAAUGCCCUUUGACCCCAGAUACCCCCAACAGCGAGAGCCGAACGUGUGCGAGCAGCGGCCGCCUGGCCGCCUUGAAAAGACAGAACGACAUCGAGCUGAAGGUCAAACAGGGCGCGGAGAAUAUGAUUCAGAUGUACUCCAACGGGCCUUCCAAGGAUCGCAAAUUACUGGCGACGGCGCAGCAGUUGCUUCAGGACAGUAAGAUGAAGAUCGAGUUCAUCAGAAUGCAGAUCCUCAAGGCCAGCCAGUCCAACGAGCUGAGCUUCGAGAACAACGACGUGAUGGACAAGGCCGUCAUCAGCCCUUUGGACCUUCGGGUGGAGGAGUUGUGUCACCACGCCAGGAUUGAGUCCGCGGUGGCGGAGGGAGCCAAGAACGUUAUGAAACUCCUGGGCACGGGAAAAGUCACAGAGAAAAGGGCACAUUUAGAGGCCCAGGCUCGCUUCAACGAAUCCAGCCAAAAGCUGGACCUCCUGCGCCACUCGUUGGAGCGGCGCCUCGGCGAACUGCCCAAGAACCACCCGCGCAACGGCGGCAUCGUGGAAGAACUGUCACUUUUGUCCACGCCGGUCCUCAGCCCGCGAUCCGGCAUCAUCUCUGCACAAAACCAGUACAGCACGGUGACCAAGCCCGCUGCGCUCACAGGUACCUUAGACGUCAGGCUCAUGGGCUGUCAAGACCUUCUGGAAAAUGUUCCCGGCCGCUCCAAAGCCGCCUCCGUCCCCCUACCCGGCUGGAGUCCCGGCGAAACGCGCUCGUCUUUCAUUAGCAGAGCCAACCGCAACCGCGGCGUCAGCUCGCGGAACGUGACCAAAAGCGAAGAGCUCUCCAAUGAGAUUAGUGCCGUUUUAAAGUUAGACAACACGGUGGUGGGUCAGACCAGCUGGAGGCCGGUCAGCAACCAGGCCUGGGACCACAAGUUUACGUUGGAGCUGGACAGGUCGCGGGAGCUGGAGAUCUCGGUGUACUGGCGUGACUGGCGCUCCCUUUGCGCCGUCAAGUUCCUACGUCUGGAGGACUUCCUGGACAACCAGCGUCACGGCAUGUGUUUGUACUUGGAGCCGCAGGGGAUGCUUUUCGCCGAGGUCACCUUUUUUAAUCCCGUCAUCGAGAGACGACCCAAGUUGCAAAGACAAAAGAAGAUUUUCUCAAAGCAACAAGGUAAGACUUUCCUGCGAGCCCCUCAGAUGAACAUCAACAUCGCCACGUGGGGCCGUCUGGUGAGAAGAGCCGUCCCGACGGUCAGCUCCAACUCCUUCAGUCCGCAGGCGGCCGAGACCGGGUCCGGCGGCGUCCCCGGUUCGCCCGCGCCUAGCAGCGCCUCGUUCGUGACCAAGCUGGACUUUGACAGAGAGCCCGCCCCGGGACCCAAGUACUACCCGGCGCUCGACGCAGUCCGCGAACCGCAGGAGCGGCGGCGCGACACGUUGCCCGAUAAGGAAGAAGUACAGGACGCGCUGGCCUCGUUCGACUUCCUGAACAAAAGGAACAGCGUGGCGGCGAAGCCCGAUCGGGACCCGGCGGCGGAGACGGCGCUUCGGCAUCCGGACUCGGAGCUCGCGGCCUUCCCCGAAGACGCGGAGAUAAGGGAAGAAGAGCAGUUCCACUUUAGCCUCAAAGACUUCAAAUGCGUGGCGGUCCUUGGGCGCGGACACUUUGGAAAGGUGUUAUUAGCAGAGUAUAAAAGUACAGGUGAAAUGUUUGCCAUCAAAGCUUUGAAGAAAGGCGACAUCGUGGCUCGCGACGAAGUGGACAGUCUGAUGUGCGAGAAGCGGAUCUUCGAGACGGUGAACAGCGUGCGCCACCCGUUCCUGGUCAAUUUAUUUGCCUGCUUCCAGACGCGCGAGCACGUAUGUUUUGUCAUGGAGUACGCGGCGGGAGGCGACCUCAUGAUGCACAUCCACGCCGACGUCUUCUCUGAGCCGCGGGCCACAUUUUAUGCCGCUUGCGUCGUGUUGGGAUUACAAUAUUUACACGACCACAAAAUUGUGUACAGAGACUUGAAGCUGGAUAACUUGCUCCUGGACACGGAAGGAUAUGUGAAGAUUGCAGACUUUGGCCUUUGCAAAGAAGGGAUGGGCUUCAGGGACAGAACCAGCACUUUCUGCGGCACGCCGGAGUUUUUGGCCCCCGAGGUCUUGACGGAAACGUCGUACACCCGCGCCGUGGACUGGUGGGGGCUCGGAGUGCUCAUUUUUGAGAUGCUCGUCGGGGAGUCGCCCUUCCCCGGCGACGACGAGGAAGAGGUGUUCGACAGCAUCGUCAACGACGAAGUGCGCUACCCGAGAUUCCUCUCCACGGAAGCCAUCUCCGUCAUGAGGAGGCUUUUGAGAAGAAGCCCCGAGCGCCGUUUGGGCGCGGGAGAACAGGAUGCAGAGGAGGUCAAAAAACACUUGUUCUUCAGGAACGUGGACUGGAACGGUUUGCUGUCCAAGAAAGUCAAGCCCCCUUUCGUGCCCACCAUCCUGGGCGCCAACGACGUCAGCAACUUUGACGAGGAAUUCACCUCGGAGGCGCCCGUCCUGACUCCGCCGAGGGAGCCGCGGGCGCUCAGUUCGGACGAGCAGAACAUGUUUUCCGAUUUCGAUUACAUCGCCGACUGGUGUUAG